AGUCCAGUUGAAUCUUGAAAUAUGAAAAUGUAUUAUACAAUUUCAAGAGAUUCUAUUGUUUGCAAGAAAAGCUCGAAAGUAGGAUUUUCUUUUAGGGUUCUUGGCCGCGAUGGCGGAAGGAGAGGAUCCGCCGCCCAAGGCUUUCAAGUUUUCGUGCACGCCCGCAUUGGAUGCGCUCUGGUUUUGCUACUCGCCCGUAUUCCAGCUCCGAGAAUACUACCGGGAAGGCACCUUCAACACUUGCACAGACAAAUUCUGGGAUGUGAUGAACUGCUUCCGCCUCAAGACGAAGAAACUGGCCGAGGCUCAGGUAAUCAUCGAAAGCGAGAAUCGGAAGCGCGAGCAACCGCUGUUUUGGGAGCUGCGAUCCAAGGAAGAAGCAACCGAAGCCUGGAACAAAGAUUUCCCCGAUAUGAAGGAGAGUGAUGGUCUUUAAAUCCUCGUUCUCAGCAAGAAAGUGGUCCUCAAGAGAUCAAACUUUGCUCGUGACGAUCUGGAUCAUUCCAACGAAGAUCUAGACAUUGCCAAGGAAUUCCUUCUCAA